ACCUACCUUCAUACAUACCUGGGGCAACUUCAACAUGCAUGUGGUCGCGCGUCGCCCUUUGACACGCCAUACGCAGCCAGUCCCAUCAUGUCGCAUUCAGUGUUGAUGCCCAAACUCAUCUCCGCCUGUUCUCUCCCCGGCAUAUAAAUUCGUCACUGCCCUCCAUCGCGAUGGCCAUGGCUCUCACUCGAACGCAGAAACGCGCCAUCGAGAGCCAGCAGCAGCCAGAGCCAAAUAAGAGAAGAAAGCAGUCCAACUCAGAUACACCGAGCCCGAACGAGGCAGCGAGGACCUUGACGAAGAGUUCGCCCUCAGGGAAUCUGGCCUCAGGGAAUCCGCCCCUAGUUGACAAAGUGGACGAGGGCGAUCCUAUCGCGUACUGGGUUCGAGAACAGGUGUGGCCAUACGAGUACAUCAAGGAUGAUCCCGACAGGCAAAAAAUCAUCAUGCACCGUAUACUCUCAAGGAAGAAGUCCGUGGUCGGCCGGAAGCGGCCAGAGCCUGCCUCUAUUAGCUCUGGUACAGAAAACCAAACCAAUGCCUCGUACCGCAGCCGGGCAUUCGUUCAGCUACUCCAACUGCACGGAAGCUUCAUGGAGAUGUCGAAACUAGGAAUCGCUGAUGAAAGUCGAGAUCUCUGCACGACCUUGCUCGAUCACGAGCAGAAGCUUCCCCGUGAAUCGAUUUUUGAUGAUGAUAUAUUCCAGACAACAUGCCAAAGAGUCGCCUCCAGAAACGAGGCGAUAGUAGUGCGAGAUAUCUUGCCAUUGAUUGUACCCUCUGCCGAGAUUUUUGCUUCACGCAUACCCGAGCUGGAAUGUUUAAUCGAGAGUGUCAAUGAAGUGUGGAGCAAUUCUGAGCCGGUAACAACUAAUCGCCCACAACCGGAUUAUUCUGUUGGAUUCAAGCGCAAAGCCUUUACGGAGGAAGAGCUGGACAAAAUAGCCCCCGUUAUCGGCGACUUUAUUGCUGGGGAUCAGAGCAUAUUCAUGGCUACAUCCGAAAUGUACUUUCCAUUUCUCACAUGUGAAGUCAAGUGUGGCGUUGAAGCUCUUGAAUAUGCAGAUCGCCAAAACACUCACAGCAUGACACUCGCUGUGCGCGCGAUUGUCGAGCUCUUUCGUCUUGUGAAACGGGAGAGUGAGCUGCACCUCCAAAUUUUGGCAUUCUCCGUCUCGCACAACCAUGAGACAGUACGGAUCUAUGGCCACUAUCCUGUUAUAGACAAGACCACGGCGAAAGUCGAAUACUACCGGCAUCCGAUUCGAAAAUAUGACUUUACAGAGCUCAAUGGCAGAGACAGAUGGACUGCAUAUCGAUUUACUAAAAAUAUCUAUGAUAUAUGGGUACCAAUGCAUCUGGAAAGAAUCUGCUCCGCCAUCGAUCAGAUAGAAUUACCGGAGCUAAAUAACCCUGGCGCUUUUGCAGAAACAGGCCUUACUCAGGAGCUUGAGAGCAAUCAACUUUCGCUGUCAAACGUCGAUGUUGCGUCGUCGGAUGAGGUGGCCACAACGGAUACCCCCAUUUCUUCAACCAAUGCCAAGAAGCAAAGAAGAGGCAGAUAG